AUGUUAUUCAUCAAGUUUUUGUACUACAAUUUACAGAUACAACAACUAUACGUAGGGGUACCAGGAACACAGACAGCCACUGUAAUCCAGUUUCAACCUGGUUCAGUCAUUGUUAGAAUCGAUUUAUCCACAAAAGAUAAUUACGAUGAAGACCAACUUCGUGAGACGCUGGAGGCUGCUGUGAACAAUCGUUAUAUAGGAGAGUACUACGUGGAUCCCAAUCCCGAUCAUUUCAAAUUCAUGCCAGUUGGAGUGAUUGAUCGUGGUUUCACGGAAUCCCCGAUAGUUCCCUGCUAUGGUGAUCAGUUCCAAUGCAACAAUGGAGAUUGUAUUCCGGACAGCAGAUACUGUGAUGGUUACCGUGAUUGCUAUGAUGGAUCGGAUGAACUCAAUUGCCCUCUGCCUACUCCACCGGCAGAAUGUCGCAAUGACGAAUUUGGUUGUCAGAAUGGACAGUGUAUUCCGGCAUAUCUACGAUGUGAUCGUCGAAGAGAUUGUCGUGAUGGAUCUGAUGAAAACGAUUGCUUUAUUGAAACCCAACCACCACCCAGUGUAAGUGCAAUAGACACCCAGGCCACCACAGACAGCAUACUCGUACAGUGGAUACCACGUACAAACACAGACAUAGUCCUACGCGGAUAUACUCUUGGACUCAGCGUAGGAACUCGAGAUGUAUACACGGUCACCCUAGACAGACAAGUGACGCAGUACACGAUAGAAAAUUUACAACCGUCCACUGUGUAUCUUGUCACCUUACGUACAUUCAACAAUUUUGGGCAGAGCUUGCCAACUAUUGAGGUAGUCUCCACAGAGUCGUCAAUUAUUAACUGCUCCCCCGGAGAGUUCCAAUGCCAAAACCAACUACAGUGCAUUGAUGAACGACGCCGAUGUGAUGGGCGCAGUGAUUGUAACGAUGGAAGCGAUGAACAGCUUCCGAGCUGCCCUGUGCGCUGCAACUCUCAAGAAUUCACAUGUGCAGAUCUUCGUCGGUGUAUUCCCAUCAUCCAACACUGUGAUGGAACUAACGACUGCGCUGACAACAGUGAUGAAUACAACUGUCCCGAGGUGUGCAUCACCGGCCAGUUUCAGUGUUUAAGCGGUCAGUGUAUCGGUAGCAUUCAGUACUGCGAUGGGUACCAAGAUUGCCCCGAUAAUUCGGAUGAGGCUGAUUGUCCGCAACCGAUACCAACUACGACUAUCGCAGCAGAACCUGCAAAGUGUAGCCGAAAUGAAAGAAUGUGCAGAAACGGUCAAUGUGUGAAGAAUGAUUACUUCUGUGAUGGUGACUUUGACUGUGAUGAUAGAACAGAUGAAGAAAACUGCGCUGCACCUUCGUCUUGUGAACCCAAUGAGUUUGAAUGUAGGAACCAACAAUGUGCACAGAAGAUCUGGAAAUGUGAUGGAGAAGUGGAUUGUCUUGACGGUUCUGAUGAAUUCAACUGUGAUUCCAAGGACCCUAAUUCACGGUGCGAAUCGUUUCAAUAUAUGUGUCUAUCUGGAGAUGAGUGUAUUCCUAAGAGUUACCAAUGUGAUGACGAGAUAGAUUGUAGAGAUAGAUCAGAUGAAAUAGGAUGGGUAACAGUAACUUCUAUCAAUGGCCUUGGUGUUCUAACGAUAAAAGAUGUACAUGAAUCUGAUUCUGGGGCUUAUACAUGUGAAGCCAUGAACAACAAAGGAUACCUCUUUGCUCUCCCUGAUGCCAUCGUCAUAGUAACACCACCAGAGGGACAUUGUACAGGGUCACUUUUCAAUGCUGAAGCUGUGACUGUAGCAGAAUGCGUUUCUUGUUUCUGUUUUGGUAUCGCUCAGAUCUGUUUUAGUAGUACUUAUAAUGUAUUCCAGGAAACUUUAGAUUUCACUCAACCAGGUAUCAUCUUCGAUAUGAAGUUAGUGAAAAGAAGAACUACCAGUAUAGAACCAAUAGAUGAUAUAUUUCUGGGUGUCAAUACAGCUACGGCUGAACUCUAUGUGCAGGAUAUCACAACUCAAAUUGGACAGGGUGAAUAUCAUUGGAUGUUACCACAGCAGUUCUUAGGCAAUCAGUUAACUAGCUAUGGGGGUCUUCUCCAAUACAUGGUGAGGUACGAAACGAAUGACUUCCCAAAAUCUUCAAACGUUCCAGAUGUGGUACUUCAGAAUAAUUGGGACAGAAUUGACACAGGCAGAGGAGAUAUCCCAAUCACAACCCCAGCAACUAGAGAGGAUUUGAUGAUGGUGUUAGAAAACAUUGAUACUUUUAUGAUUAGAGCCUCAUAUCAACCUCUCAUGACAUAUACAAGUAUAAGCGAUAUUUCAUUGGAUUUCGCUGUGCCAAGACCAACCGGACAAGAGAGAGCAGUUCUGGUAGAAGAUUGUACGUGUCCUCUAGGAUAUAGUGGAUUAUCAUGUGAGGAUUGUGCUAUUGGAUACAGAAGAGUCGAAAACAACCAAUACCUCGGAACAUGCGUAGAAUGUAAUUGUAAUGGACAUGCUAGUCAAUGUGAUCAAGAUACAGGAGUCUGUAGAGGUUGCCGUGAUAACACUGUUGGGGCAUUCUGUGAUACAUGCGCUAAUGGUUACUAUGGCAAUGCUAUAACUGGUCAAUGUCUGCCAUGUCCAUGUCCAUUAACAACACCAGAAAAUCAGUUUUCUCCAACUUGUUACAUGGAUGCAGAUAAUCUCCCAACUUGUGACUCCUGCCCUGUUGGCUACACUGGAAGAAAUUGUGAAAGGUGUGCUCCUGGGUUUGAAGGCAAUCCAAGUCAGCCUGGCGAUAGUUGUGUAAUCAGUUCAGGUGGAGUUGUCAACUGUGAUGAAAGAGGAGGUGAUAAUCUUUAUGACGGUCGCUGUCAAUGCAAGGGUAAUACAUUUGGGGAAUCAUGUGACCAGUGUCAACCCAAUACCUUCUAUCUAUCAUCUGACAACCCGGAUGGAUGCAUAUCUUGUUUCUGUAUGGGUAUCACCAACCAGUGUCAGAGUACAUCACAAAACAGAGCACAGGUUUUCUCCAGUUUUUCAUCACCUGAAGAUGUACAAGGAUUUUCAUUGGUCAAUAGGGCUGGAACACCUGCUGCUGAUGCCCAGUUAGCCAUCAAUCCUGCAUCCCAAGAACUUCUAUUUUCUGGAUUUCGUACGCUCUCCCCAGGCGUCUAUUAUUACCAACUUCCUGCAAAGUUCCGUGGUGAUAAGGUGUCAUCAUAUGGUGGUUAUUUACGUUACACUAUAACACACAGAGCUAGUCCAGGUUCAAGUCCAAUGAAUGAACCAGAUGUAAUGCUACAGGGUAAUGACAUCACAUUAUACCACUACAGUGAGAAGUCAGUCUCAACCAAUGGUAUCACAGCAUAUCAAGUACCAUUCUAUGAGACUUACUGGAAAAGACGAGAUGGCGCUCCUGCUAUGCGUGUGAUGUUGAUGAUGGCUUUGGCAGAUAUUGAUCUAUUGAUGGUGAGAGCAUCACUAUCUACGCAUAUGUUUGAGUCCAGUGUUAAGGAUGUUUCCAUGGAUAUUGCAGAGCCCCGUAACACAGGACAACCACAAGCCUAUCCAGUAGAAGAGUGCAGUUGUCCUACCGGGUACAGGGGUUUAUCCUGUGAGGAUUGUGAACUUGGUUAUACCCGAUCACAUGGUGGUUUGUAUCUAGGUAUGUGUAUGCCAUGUGGUUGUAAUGGACAUGCUAGGGAGUGUGAUUCAGAAACAGGUGAAUGUAGGAAUUGUUUACACAACACUGAAGGGCCAAAUUGUGAACGUUGUAUACAUGGUUACUAUGGCAACCCAUCAUCUAGUACAAACAGUGGCUGUUUACCUUGCCCCUGUCCAUUGACAUCGCCACAAAAUCAAUUUUCUGCAAGCUGCUACUUAGACGCUGACGGUUUACCGACUUGUAACGCCUGCCAGCCAGGAUACACUGGUAGAAACUGUGAAAGAUGUGUCUCACCACUACAAGGAGAUCCAACAGUGCCUGGAGAAACAUGUUCUGAACAAAGCUCAGGUGGAGGUGGUGGUGCAGAUUGUCCAGGGGGACAGUGUCCUUGCAAAGCCAAUACUGAGGGACCUAAUUGCAAUGUUUGUAUUCCUGGAUUCUUUAAUCUGGAUGAGAAUAAUCCAGAUGGAUGCACACCUUGUUUCUGCGCUGGGAUAACAGACCAGUGCCAGAGUUCAAACUAUUACAGAGCUAAUACUGCUGUCAGGUUUGACUCUCUAACCAACAACAAAAAUAUAGUGCUGCAGAACCGUGCAAGAACUCAGACGAUAUCAACAGGAUUUACUAUGAACCCAGAUAACAAUGAAAUCAUUUACUCAGAGUUUUCUAGUCUACCACCGGAUACAUAUUUCUGGUCUUUGUCACCAAAAUUCAGAGGAAACCAAAUAACAGCUUAUGGUGGUUAUUUGAGAUUCACGUUGUUCUUUACAGCAUCCACCAAUGGUCGAGAGACAUAUGACGUCGAUAUCGGUAUCGAGGGAAAUGAUAUAUAUCUUUAUCACAGACUGUAUCCAUCUGUGAAACCUGGUGAAAGGAAACAGUUUGAGAUUCCAGUAACUGAGGAUAACUUUUACAGAUUUGAGGAGAGCAAACGACUCGUGAGCACAUGCUGAUGGUUUUAGCUGACGUAUCGUAUAUACAUAUCAGAGCUUCAUACGAUGAACUCAUGUUGACGAGUGCACUCGGUGAUCU